AUGUCUGAGCUUACGGCGGCCGAGAAAGGCCUCCACGACCAGGCAAACCUGCUGCCUCGCCAGAAACUUAUCCCUGUUUUAUGUGUGCUGGCCGUGCCGUCCCUGAUAUCCUUCAUCGACCAGAAUGGAAUAUCGACUGCCCUGCCUACUAUUGCUGCCGACUUGAACGCCAAGGACACCAUAGCUUGGGCGGGAAUCGCGUCUCUGAUAGCAAACACGACCUUCACCAUGCUCUACGGCCGACUGUCUGACAUUUUUGGCCGCAAAAACGUCUACGUUGCCGCUGUUGCCAUGUUGGCCUUUGCGGACUUGAUGUGCGGGCUGAGCCAAAACGUGACCACCUUUUACAUCUUCCGCGGUGUCGCGGGCAUCGGCGGCGGCGGCAUCGUCAACCUGAGCAUGAUCAUCGUCUCGGACGUCGUGACUCUGGAGGAGCGAGGCAAGUACCAGGGCAUCAUCUCCAGCAUGGUUGGCCUCGGCAGUGCAACAGGCCCUUUUAUUGCGGCUGCCUUUGUGUCCAAGUCGACCUGGCGCGGCUUCUUCUAUCUGCUGGCUCCGUUGGGUGCUCUGAGUGGUCUCGUUGCCGUCGUCUUCCUGCCGUCCAAGCCCCCUACCGCUGGCUUCAAGGAGAGCAUGAAGAAGGUUGACUGGCUGGGGCUGUUUACCUCUUCUGUUGCCGUCAUCUUCCUGCUGAUUCCCAUCUCCGGAGGAGGAGCAUACUUCCCCUGGAGCUCGCCCUUGGUCAUCAGUUUUCUGGCCAUUGGCACGAUAGCCCUGGUCGCCUUUGUUGUUAUUGAGUGGAAAGUGGCUGCUCUGCCAAUGAUGCCGAUCUCCAUGUUCAGAAACCCCGUCAUUGUUGUGAUCCUCGCUCAAACCUUUAUCCUCGGGCUCGUCUAUCAGUCAUACGUUUACUUCGUCCCCCUCUAUCUACAGAACGCACGGCAGUUCUCCGUCAUCGAGUCCGCUCUCACCUUCAGUCCCACCGUCGGCAUCCAGAGCCUAGCUGGCAUCCUAGCUGGCUAUUGGAUCGCACGCUACAAGAGAUACGGAAUCGUCAUCAAGUGCGGCUUUGGCCUGUGGUUACUCGGCGCUGGUCUCACCCUCAUGUACAACCGACAAACUAGUCCGUGGGUGAUCGCCGUGCCUCUAUUCAUCCUGGGUGUUGGCGUGGGCCUCGUUUUGCAGCCAACCCUGAUUGCCCUCCAAGCUCAUUCCCCGAAAUCACGGCGUGCCGUCAUCAUAUCCAACAGAAACUUCAACCGCUGCGCGGGCGGUGCCGUCGGUCUGGCCGUGUCAGCCGCCAUCAUGCAGGCAGUGCUUCGACGCGCCUUGCCCCGUGAAUAUGCAUCGCUGAGCAGCUCGACCUUUGACGUGCCCGACGUGGCCGGCGGGUUUCCGCCCGGCGUUCUUGACGCCUACAUGUCUGCGAGCUACGCCGUCUUCGCUAUGCAAGUCCCGCUCGUGGGGAUAUGUUUUCUGGGGACGUUUUUCAUCAAGGACAAGGGCUUGGCUUUUGCCGACGAGCCUGGAGCAUCAGAGGAUAAGGACAAGGGCGCCUCCGAGAAUGAUCUUGAAGCUGGGCCGCCAUCGUCAAGGUCCAGCGUGAUGGAGAGGGCAGCCAGUACCGUCGCCGGCACUGGCCAAGACGCAGAAAAGCCUUGUGAGCCGAGUGUGAAGGUCGCAGGGCCAGACGAGGACACGGCGGAUGGAAAAGCAAGUACAAAAGCAUAA